AUGUCGUCAGCAGCAGGAGAGGCUGAGAAGGUCGUAAACGUACAGAAUGGAGACAAAGCAGCAGGCGCACCUAAGAGAGAGAAGGCCUCGAAGCAAGAAGCUGGAAAGAAGGAUGAAGGAGCAGGAGACGGUGACAGCAAGAAAAUCUCGGGCGCUGAGCUGAAGAAGCAGAAGCAGGCCGAGAAGGCUGCGCGACGCGAAAAGGAAAAGACCGAACGCAUGGCUCAGCUUGGGCAGACAGCAGCAGCAGCACCACAGACUCCUGCAAAAGGCGCAAAGGGUGGUGAUGCGAAGAAGGGCGGAGAGGCAGCACAGAAGGCCGGUCCUGCUCAGGGUCAGGCACAACACAAAAAGGGCCAAUCUCAGGGCGGAAACCUGCCUAUGCGCGGCAAGCCUGGACCCGGAGGAGUCAUUCCCAUGACUCAACAGCAGCAACCGCAACGGAAGACAAAAGAGGUCGGCUUGUUUGGCCAUCUCUACACAUCUGCCCCCAAGCGAAACACCAUGGAUGGCGUGAGCAAGGAAGUCCAUCCUGCUGUUCUAGCAUUGGGUCUGCAGAUGAGCUCGUUUACCGUUUGUGGUAGCAAUGCUCGAUGCGUUGCCAUGCUGCUCGCUUUCAAANAAGGCAAGCAAUCAUGUUCUCUCGAAAACAACAUGUCUAACUCCAGAUCACAGGCUAUCCUCGACUACCAAACACCACACAACACCUCGCUCGCCCGCCAUCUCACAUCGCACUACCUCUCCNCCCAGAUCGACUACCUUAAGUCUCACCGUCCCAUCUCUGUCUCUAUGGGUAAUGCCAUCCGCUGGCUGAAGGAUCUCAUCAUCAAGAUCGAUCCCGACACGCCAGAAGCAAGCGCAAAAGAAGACAUCUGUGCCGCCAUUGACACCUUCAUUCGUGAACGCAUCACUGUUGCAGACACUGCCAUUGCUGCAACUGCAUGUGCAAAGAUUCGCAACAACAGCACCAUAGUCACAUACGCAAAGUCGUCGAUCGUUGAGAAGACGUUGCUGCACGCUUGGGAAUCGGGCACUCGCUUCAAGGUAGUUGUCGUCGACUCGCGCCCACUGUUCGAAGGCAGGAAUCUGGUGCGACGACUAGCCAAUGCUGGCAUCCCCGUCACCUACCUCAUGGCCGCUGCUGCUCCCCACGCUCUCAAGGAUGCUGAUCUUGUCCUUCUGGGUGCUCACGCCAUGAUGGCUAACGGUCGUUUGUACUCGCGUGUCGGUACCGCCGCAGUUGCUAUGCUGGCUCAUUUCCGCGACAUUCCGGUGAUUGUGCUCUGCGAGAGUAUAAAAUUCACCGAUCGUGUUGCUCUCGACAGCAUUGUGUUGAACGAAGUUGCUCCUGCUGAACAAUUGAUCCCCGUCUCCAAGUCUGUCCCAGCCCCUGCAGCGGUCGACGCCAAGAAGGACGACAAAGAAGAAGAUUCACAAGCAAAGCUGGAAAACUGGCGCGACAUGCCGAAUCUGCAACUACUGAAUAUCCUUUACGACGUUACCCCUGCUGAGUAUGUCAACAUGGUCAUCACCGAGUACGGAUCAUUGCCGCCUAGCUCCGUCCCUGUCGUGCAUCGCAUCAGUACCGAGAGAGAUGUCAGACUGUAA